GUUGGCGCAGCUAGGUAUGGGUUGCCCAGCUUUUGUCAGCCAGACGCCUGGUAUAAAAUGCAGCAUGGCUUCUUCGUCCGAGUCCAUGCAGUCCUGGCCUCACCAGUGACAACUUAGUUCAACAUACCUUACUUGCUAAGGCAAUCGAGAUACCUUAACUAUCAGAUCUGAACUAGCCUCCUUAUCAUCCGAUGAUUUCCGUUGGACCUGGGAAGAACAUCUGCUCCCUCUCGCCUAAACAGGCAGCAAAGCUCAGCCAGGCGGCGGCACCUCUAUUCUGCAAGAUACAUCCCGUAGCGGGACUCGGAUAUCCAGUCGGACUCCGUGCUGCUGCUGCAAUCCAUCAGUCCCGCCAGCCGACUUCCUCCACACGGCACUUCUCAACAACAAGUUCCAACCAGCUCCGGGACUUCUUCCCACGCAAAGAGACAACCUACAUCCGGCAGACUCCGCCCGCAUGGCCUCACCAUGGGUACACAGAGGAGGAGAUGCUGUCGGUGGUACCCGAACACCGCAAGCCAAAGACAGUAAGUGACUGGCUUGCUUGGCGUCUAGUCCGCCUGUGCAGGUGAGUUCAACCCGCAAAUCUGCGAGAGAGAGAGAACCGGGUGGCUCUAACAGAAACAUAGAUGGGGUACCGACCUUGCGACUGGUGUCAGGCCGGAGCAACAAGUGGAUAAGAAGAAUCCGACUACUGCCAUUUCCGCAAAACCGCUAAC